GCAGAGGGCCACUAGGAACCUCGGAUUGCCCACGGAAGCUGGCCACUUUCUUUGACAGUCCGGCCCACCUCCUCUUCUGCCCCGGGGAGAAGCUCCAGGGGCUGCCUUUGUGAUUACAGCAUCUUCACAAGGAAGGACCAAAGGAAAAUAAGGUUUCUCGUAAGACCACCGUCAUCACCUCUUUAAAAUAACCCAUUUGGUGGCUCACACAAGAUUUAUAUCGCCAGCCUGAGGCCGGAAGUGUUUUUGCCCCUAUAAAACAUGGCGAAAAGCUUUCUGGUCUCCAAGGGAACGCCACGUAACGAGUCAAAGCGGUGGCGCACGCGCAGAAGUAGCAGCCACCGGAAGUGAUUGCGCCGCUACCCAAGCCUUGGGUUUAGUACGCGUGCGCAGCAGUCUCUUCCGGCAGUCGUAUUGUGCAAAUGGUGGAGAAGAAAACUUCGGUCCGCUCCCAGGACCCCGGGCAGCGGCGGGUGCUGGACCGGGCCGCCCGGCAGCGUCGCAUCAACCGGCAGCUGGAGGCCCUGGAGAAUGACAACUUCCAGGACGACCCCCACGCAGGACUCCCUCAGCUCGGCAAGAGGCUGCCUCAGUUCGAUGAUGAUGCGGACACCGGAAAGAAAAAGAAGAAAACUCGAGGUGAUCAUUUUAAACUUCGCUUCCGAAAAAACUUUCAGGCCCUGCUGGAGGAGCAGAACUUGAGUGUGGCCGAGGGCCCCAACUACCUGACAGCCUGUGCGGGGCCCCCCUCGCGGCCCCAGCGCCCCUUCUGUGCUGUCUGCGGCUUCCCCUCCCCCUACACCUGUGUCAGCUGCGGUGCCCGGUACUGUACUGUGCGCUGUCUGGGGACCCACCAGGAGACCAGGUGUCUGAAGUGGACCGUGUGAGCCUGGGCAUUCCCAGAGAGGAAGGGCCGCUGUGCAUUGCCCAGUGGAGGGGGCUCUCCCUGGACCAAGAGAAGAGCCACUCAUUCACCCGACAAAACUGUGUCUUACCUGCUAGGAAAGACCAGCCUCACUCCAGGAACCAUCUGGCAGGUGGGCGGGGUCCGCCCAGUGCUGUUAGAAUAAAAAGCCUCGUGCC